CUCUGGAUAACAUCCGGUUGCGUCAGCUUACGUAAGAUGCUUAAAGUUUUCGUCGGUGUCCACGUUGACAACUUGUUUACAAUGGUGCCCAUUCAUAUAGGACGCUGGCAGUUAGGUAGACUGGUUAGUCUGGGACCUGAGCGCUGAAUUAUCCGUGCUUUUAACGACGUGGUUGUGCAUUCUGGUGAAUCCAAAUGUGAAGGGGAUUUUCAGAUCGUUCUGCCUGUUUCCCUGGGGCUGCACCGUGCGGGAGUCGUUAUUCCUGUCGCCUUGCAGCAAGAAGAUCCCUACCCUUAGGAGCUGAAGCUAAACAUGCUGCAUGAGGAUGGUGCUGAGGCUCACCUGCAGGAGCCAUUGAUCCUGGAAAGAGUUGAGAAGGAAUCGGAGAAGAAAUGGUACACUGUUGUGUCGGAGCGGGCGAAGAAGCACUGCUCGUGCAGCCCGCAAAAGGCGAAAUCCAAAAUACUGGGCUUUGUCCCCAUUCUGAAGUGGCUGCCGCACUACAAGCUCAGGGAAUGGAUUCUGGGGGACAUUAUGUCAGGGAUUAUCGUUGGAAUCCUGCUGGUUCCUCAGUCCAUAGCUUACUCCUUACUGGCUAGUCAAGACCCUAUAUAUGGUCUGUACACUUCCUUCUUCUCAUCGAUCAUUUAUGCCAUCCUGGGCUCCUCGAGACACAUCUCCGUGGGGAUAUUUGGAGUCCUCUGCCUGCUCGUGGGCCAGGUUGUGGAUAGGGAGUUGGCUCUGGCAGGAUACCUCCCAGAAAGCAGCACUGGCAUCAACAACACUGAAAGCUUGUUGGCUGGCCAGGAGAACAGCAGUGCUGUGGCGUGUGAUAGGAGCUGCUAUGCAAUCACAGUAGGAGCAACGGUCACCUUCACCGCUGGCAUUUACCAGGUGCUGAUGGGGCUUUUGCAGGUAGGCUUUGUCUCUGUCUACCUCUCGGAUUCCCUCCUCAGUGGCUUUGCGACAGGGGCCUCCCUGACCAUCCUCACAUCCCAGCUCAAGUACCUUCUGGGCCUGAAGAUUCCCCGUCCGCAAGGCUGGUUCACUCUGUUCAAGACCUGGUACGGUCUGUUCGCCAACUUGGCCCAAACCAACAUCUGUGACCUAAUCACCAGCUUGGUGUGUUUGGCCGUCCUUAUUCCAGCAAAGGAGCUGAAUGAUCGUUUCAAAUCCAAGCUAAAGGCGCCGAUACCAUUCGAGCUGUUCGUAGUUAUCGUUGCCACCCUUGCCUCUCACUUCGGCCACUUCAACAGCGAAUACGGUUCAGGAGUGGCUGGAGACAUCCCCACGGGCUUCCUCCCCCCUCAGCUGCCGGCGUGGAAGCUGAUCCCCAACGUGGCCGUGGACGCCUUUUCCAUUGCCAUCGUGGGAUUCGCCAUCACCGUCUCGUUAUCCGAGAUGUUCGCCAAGAAGCACGGCUACACGGUGGACGCCAACCAGGAAAUGUACGCCAUUGGCUUCUGCAACAUCCUGCCUUCCUUCUUUCGCUGCUUCACGACGAGCGCUGCGUUGACGAAAACGCUGGUCAAGGAGUCAACGGGGUGUCAAACGCAGAUGUCGGGGCUGGUCACUGCUGUCGUUCUGCUGCUGGUGCUUCUGGUUAUCGCUCCACUCUUCUAUUCCCUUCAGAAAUGCGUUUUGGCGGUCAUCAUCGUGGUGAACCUGCGUGGCGCCUUGAGAAAGUUCAGAGACCUUCCCCGGAUGUGGCACGUCAACAGAAUCGACGCUGCGAUCUGGCUGAUCACCAUGGCCACAUCAGCGCUGGUCAACACAGAGCUCGGCCUGCUGGUCGGCGUUUUGGUGUCGGCCUUCUUCGUCCUCGGCCGAACCCAGCAAGCCCAGGUCCUGGAGCUGGGCCGCACCCCGACCCGGGAGCACUACGAGAACGUGUCAUCCUACCACGGCCUUCGGACACAUUCUGGAGUGGCUGUGUUCAGGUACGGCGCGCCGCUCUACUACGCCAACCAGAGCCUGUUCAAAAAGUCUCUUUACAAAUGUGCAGCUCUUAACCCUGUGAGGGAGAAGGCCCAGCGGUUGAAGUUCAAGAACAAAAAGCAGGAGGCCGGAGAGAUGCCAAAGGGGAAGUCUGAAGAUCAACUAAGCACGGAGAACGAGGCGGAAGCUGCUGCGUCUGUGACAGUGAUGCUGGAGGAGAGAUCUCCCAUCGCCGUACGCAGCUUAGUGAUCGACUGCAGCGGCGUCUUGUUCCUGGACACGGCGGGAGUGAACGCUCUGAAAGAGGUCCGCAAGGAUUACCGAGAAGUUGCGGUGGAAGUGCUCUUAGCCCAGUGUAACACCUCCGUCCUGGAGUCGCUGGAGAGAGGGGGUUACUACGACAGCGAAAAAGAUGGCGAGGUAGGCAAAAACAACCUGAUAUUCUUCACCAUCACAGAUGCUGUCAACUAUGUGCAACGCCUAAAUGUGCCUAAUGGAGACUGUGGCAACAAAUCCUGAAGAUGCAGUAAUCCAUCCAAAGCUUCGUGUUUCAGUGUAUGUCACAUUAAUCUAGUACUAUGCAAAACGAUGCCGACAUUCAGUGAUAUUCUGCUGCUGCUGAUGAAGUUCUGUGUUACUGGUGUACAUCCAAAUUAUUUAUUGUGCUGUCAGGGGGUUAAAUCAAUCUCAUAGAAGAUUUACUGGAAACUCUUCAGUCAUGAUGUUACAAUAUUUUCUAUUCAUGACCAAAUGCACUCAGAUUAAUUGAUAAUAGCUCCCUCCAGCACAUUGUAGGUGUCUUGAAUAUAUUUAAGGGCAAAAUGAUUAUAUAUUAUUAUUCAGGGACGUCCAUUAUUCUACUCAAAGUAGAAAUGUUUAUUAUACAUGAAAUAUCUUUCUUAUUUUCUGUCUGUUUGCUGCUGUGGAAGGGUUCCUAAAUUUGCUAGCUGUCCCAUUUUGUUAGUUUUGAGGUUUACAGACAGAACAAAUGGAACAAAAGCUGCCAAAGGAAGAUGAUCUUCAGUAAACAAAAACACCAUAAAUGCAGUCCUGUUUACUGAAGAAAAUCUGCUUGUUAUGUGAACCUCUCCCAUCAAUGGUUCUCUUUCCAGUCAAGCUGGAACAUCAAUAUGCUGGAAACCAACCCCUCAUACUGUCACACAUAGUUUGAUAAUUUUAUUGUUAGGGUAAUACUAUGGUUUCAUUACACAGCCUUUCCACAUUUUUGAGCCAUAAUUCAUGUCUUAAAAAUCCUGUUUGUUUUUGUCACGUCACAUCGUGGCUUUCCUGUUUAUGUCCAACUGUGACGACUUCAAAGCGUUCAUGAUGAGAAAUACUGUAUUUUGGGCCUCCUUAUCAUUUCUUCUGGCAGUACCAUCAUCUGACACUAAAAUGACUGAUGUUUAUCAAUGCCGCAACGAAACCAAGAGAUGAAAAAAAACAAAGAGAGCAAUCUGUAACAAUCUUGACCAGUUUUUGAGGUCUGCAAACAUCUUCAGUAAAACGUAUCGUUAUGAUGAUGAUUUUAACCGGAGAACAUUUAUCUGUGAAUGUUUUCUGAUCUCCUUUUUUAUAAAUUAAUGCUUGUGUUAUAAAGUUGUAAAGGUCAUUUGUGAUCGUCCUGUUACCAUACAUUUUUAUAAUUUCUAUUUUUUACUUUUUUGUAGCGCUCAUGCUGAGAUUAAACAACGCACCUACUGAAUGUAUCACUGUCUUCUACUGUAACAUGAAACGUGCAGCUCAAGGUUAUUUGCGGCGAAGUGAUCGCCACCUGAGAUUUUUUUUACACCCUCCUGAGGUUUCUUACAGUGGCUAGCAAAAGUAUUCCCACCCCUUGAGCUUUUCCACAUUUUUGUCACAUUCUAACCACACAUAAAUAUAUUUUAUUGGAAUCUUAUGCAAAAGACUAACAAAGUGGUAUACGUUUGUAAAGUGCAAAGAAAAUUAUAUAUAAUUUAAAAAAAAUUUUACAGAUAAAAAAAAAAA